AUGAUCCUAACCCGCUUCCUCGUCCCCUUGUUUCCAGGAGGGCCGGGUAAAGGUGGCGGAGAAGCCGCCGAGCAGGAGGACCGGCCUCGGCCUCAGGUCCUGUCGGGAACGGGCUUCUGCAAGUGGUUCAACGUCCGGAUGGGCUUUGGAUUUAUCUCAUUGACGAGCAGCGACGGGAGCCUCGUCGAGCCGCCUCUGGAUGUUUUCGUCCACCAAAGCAAACUGGUGAUGGAGGGCUUCCGCAGCUUAAAGGAGGGUGAGCAGGUGGAGUUCACCUAUAAGAAGUCCUCUAAGGGCCUCGAGUCCCUGCGGGUGACGGGACCAGGUGGGGGACCCUGCUCAGGCAGCGAAAGGAGACCCAAGGGGAAGGUCCCACUCCAGAAACGCAAACCAAAGGCCAAUGGCUGUUAUAACUGUGGAGGUCUGGAUCACCAUGCCAAGGAGUGUGGCCUGCCCCCCCAGCCAAAGAAAUGCCACUACUGCCAGAGCAUUACGCACAUGGUGGCUCAGUGCCCCCACAAGGCGCUGGCGCCCCCCACAGGCUCUCAGGACCAACUUGCGUCUACCUCGGCCACCAGCCCAGGGGCCGGGCCCUACCUCUGCCCCCUGGAGGAGGAGGAGCGCUCCGGCUCUUCUCCCCUGGAAGGCUCCUCCUCAUCCCCCGAGGAGCCCCACACACACUGCGGCCCCCGGACCCAGAGGUGGAGGAAAUCCUGAAAACAACCCGCAGAGGUGAACCCAUUCACCGCUACU